AUGGCUGAGAUAAGUUCAUCUGCAUCCCAAUUUCAUUCUUCUGAACCUGAAUUGAGGGAAGCCCAAAUAUACUCCAAUGCUAAUUUCUCUGACCUUGCUGUGGUAGAGCAUCUUCCUCAUGCUGGUCCUUAUUCAGCUUGCGAUGAUGAAAUACCCACUAUUGAUUACUCUCUUCUCUUCUCUCACAACCAUAAUCAGCAACUGCAUGCCCUUCAAUGCCUCCGCCAUGCAUGCCACGAAUUUGGCUUCUUCUAUUUGGUAAACCAUAGCAUCCCAAAUGAAGUAUUUGACAAUAUAUUAAAGGGAGUUUCUGAUUUCUUUAAUCAAACAACAUUGGAUGAGAAAAUGAUCUUCAGCAAAAAAAGUCCAUCGGAUAGAAUCAGAUGGGAACUAAACUCCUCCGCUGGAGAAAACAGGGAAUAUCUAAAGGUUGUUGCGCAUCCUCAAUAUCAUUUUCCUUCCAACCCAUCUGGUUUCAGCAAAAGUUUAGAAGAAUACGAAAAAGAAAUGAGAAGGGUAGUAAUUGGAUUGGCGAGGGCAGUGUCAAAAACCUUAGGGUUUGAAGAACAGUUCGUGGAGAAGGCAUUGAAAUUGAAGUCAGGGUUUGAUGUAAUCGCCUUGAACCUUUAUCCACCCAAUGCCAAGUCCAAGGGAGCUGUUGGCUUGUCUGAACACACUGACCCUGGUUUUAUAAUUACACUUGUGCAAGAUGCAGAUGGUGGUUUUCAAAUUCUUUCCCACAAAGGAAAGUGGAUUAAUGUCUAUAUUCCCCAUCGUGCCAUUCUCAUCCAACUUGGAGAUCAACUUGAGAUCUUAACCAAUGGGAUGUAUAAAAGUCACGUCCAUCGAGUUAUUGUUGGCAACAAUAAGGUGCAAAGGAUCUCUGUGGUUGGCGUUCAUGGACCUCCAUUGGACAAAUUAAUCAGCCCUAGCACAAACUUCAUUGACGAAGAACACCCAAAGAAAUAUCGUGAGAUGGCAUAUAAAGAAUUCUUGGAAUUGAACGGGGAUGAUGAGGUUGAUGUGCAUUCAUCACUUGAUCAAACAAGAUUAGUGUGA